AACAAAGUCAACAAGGAAAGAAUCUCAAAAUAAAGGGAAACAGAAUCCUAAAGAACCAAAAGUAAUAGUCGUGAACAGUAAGACUUCUUAUUCUCUGUUACAUCAAACCAUAUCCCCAAAUUCCUCUAUGCACCCUUAAAUCUUUCAAUCUCAAAAUCCACUUCACUGAUUCUUAAAUCUCGAGAAGAUGUUGCUUAGUAUGAAACAAAUGUCAUUGAUCGUGUCUGCUUUAGGCGUCUUGUCUUUUCUUUUUGGAGUGAUCGCAGAGAACAAGAAGCCUAAGAGUGGAACGCCAAUAAAUGGAAAAGGAGUAAUAAUCUGCAAAUAUCCAUCAGACCCAAGUGUUGCUUUUGGUUCUCUAUCAGUAGCAUUUCUCUUGCUAUGUACUGCAGCAGGAUACUACUCACUGUUCUAUUCAUACAAAGGAAAGUCAAUUCCAAAAUCUGUCUUGUUCAAAAGCACAAGUUUCUCUGUGUUCUUCAACAUUGCCUUGAUAACAUCUGGACUUGCAUUGUCUUUGCUUCUAUGGCCAACCAUCACUGAGCAACUACAUUUGACCCAUAACGUUCAUCGUAGUCUUGAAACUGAUUGUCCCACGGCUAAGACCGGUUUGCUUGGUGGUGGGGCUUUCUUGUCACUGGACUCGUGCCUUUUCUGGUUGGUUGCUCUCAUGCUCGCUGACAAUGCCCGUGGAGAUCACUUUGAUGGAGCUGAAAAUUCAAACAGACAAGUUGAUGAAGAUUCGGCGACGUUUGAUCUCAAAAUUUAACGGAUGAGAGAUUGAAUGGUAAGCGUUAUUGUUAUCAAGCGGUACUUGGCAGGCUUAGGCGGUCCAAUAAAAUAAAAUAAAAUUCUUUUCUUUCAGUGUAGUUUUUUGAAUUUCUACUUACAUAUAACUAAAGUUAUAAGAUUAGUUUCAUGCGCAUGGCAUGUUUAUAAACAUUACAUGUUGUUUGUUGAUCAAUUGAAUGAACAUUUUAGUUUAAUUCGCAUAUAUGCUAUUCUUUAAGGUUUUGAUUUUGAUA